CUUAGCCGGCGCUCAAGCGGUCGCGUGCGAGGAGGCGGCGGCAUGGCGGGUCGGCGGGGGAAUGUGAAUGUGGGCGGACGGGGCCACAUCGACAGCGGCAAGACAGCGCGGGCGCGCGCGCUGAGCACUACGGCCUCCACUGCCGCCUUCGACAAGCAGCCGCAGAGCCGCGAGCGCGGCAUAACACUCGACCUGGGUUUUUCCUGUUUCGUCGUGCCGUUGCCGGGGGCUGAGCCCGGGACCGGCGACACUCAGCUGCAGGUCACGCUGGUCGACUGCCCCGGGCACGCCUCCCUCAUCCGGACCAUCAUUGGCGGUGCCCAGAUCAUUGAUCUAAUGAUGCUCGUGAUUGAUGUGACCAAGGGAAUGCAGACACAGUCCGCUGAGUGCCUUGUGAUUGGCCAGAUCGCCUGCCAGAAGCUGGUUGUGGUGCUGAACAAGAUAGACCUGUUAGCAGAAGGGAAGAGGCAGGCAGCAAUCGACAAAAUGACCAAGAAAAUGCAGAAGACCCUUGAGAACACCAAAUUCCGGGGUGCACCAAUUAUUCCCGUGGCAGCCAAGCCUGGGGGACCAGAGGCCCCUGAAACGGAAGCUCCACAGGGCAUCUCAGAACUCAUUGAGCUCCUGAAGUCCCAGAUUUCCAUCCCAGCAAGAGACCCCUCGGGACCGUUCCUUAUGUCUGUGGACCACUGCUUCUCCAUCAAGGGUCAGGGCACUGUGAUGACUGGAACCAUCCUCUCAGGCACUAUCAGCCUCGGGGACAGUGUGGAGAUCCCUGCCCUCAAGGUGGUGAAAAAAGUAAAGUCCAUGCAGAUGUUCCACACACCCGUCACCUCUGCCACACAAGGAGAUCGACUGGGCAUCUGUGUCACCCAGUUUGACCCCAAGCUGUUGGAACGUGGGCUGGUAUGUGCACCUGAGUCUCUGCACACCAUUCAUGCAGCCCUCAUCUCUGUGGAAAAGAUCCCUUACUUCCGGGGCCUCCUGCAGACUAAGGCCAAGUUCCAUAUCACCGUGGGCCACGAGACAGUCAUGGGCCGCAUGCUGUUCUUCAGCCCUGCUCCUGACAACUUUGACCUGGAGCCCACACUUGAUUCUUUCGACCUCUCCCGGGAAUACCUCUUCCAAGAGCAGUACCUCUGCAAGGACUCCAUGCCCACAGCCACAGAAGGUGGUGAUGAGGUGGACAGAAAAGCGGAUGACACUCCAGGAGGCCAGUGCCCCCGGCAACAGUGGGCCCUGGUAGAGUUUGAGAAGCCAGUCACCUGCCCCCAACUAUGCUUGGUGAUUGGUUCCAGACUGGAUGCCGACAUUCAUACCAACACAUGCCGGCUGGCCUUCCAUGGUGUCUUGCUACAAGGAUUGGAAGACAAGAACUACACAGAGAGCUUCCUACCAGCACUGAGGGUGUACAAGCUGAAGCACAAGCAUGGUCUUGUGGAGCGGGUAAUGGAUGACUACAGCGUGAUUGGACGCUCCCUGUUCAAAAAGGAGACCAACAUCCAGCUCUUUGUGGGGCUUAAGGUGCAGCUGUCUACAGGGGAGCAGGGCAUCAUCGACAGUGCCUUCGGCCAGAGUGGCAAGUUCAAAAUCCACAUCCCUGCUGUGGCCUGUGUCUUGGUGACACCUGAACCCAGUACACUGGUUUUACCUCCUUUCCAUGAGAAGUCUGGUACAGAAGACUUCAGAGCUAGCUUCUUAGGUGGCCUCAGCCCUGAGUCUAAGAAGAUCCUAACACCUACACUCAAGAAGCGGAACCGAGCCGGCCGCGGGGAGACCACCAAGCAAGAGGAGGGCACUGAGCGGCCAGAGCCCAUGCAGCCUGUGACACUCAGCCUGUCUUUCAAGCGCUAUGUCUUUGACACCCAGAAGCGCAUGGUACAGACUCCCUAAGUGAACCAGACCCCCAGGGUCUCCUGCCCAGCUGCCAGCCAGACUACAGUGCCAGAUGCCCCCCGAUGUGCCUCAGCCACCCUAGUCCUGCAGGCAGCCCCAGCCCACUGCCAUCCCCACUGAUGUUGAGCCUCACUGAGAAAACCUGGGGAAAGUGAAGAGCAGUGCCAGAAAGUCCUGCCACUCCAUCCUGGCACCACCUAGGAUAGCAACUAAGCCCGGCUAGGAAAGGGCCUUGGCAGAGCCAGAAACCGGGGCCUCACAGGCUUCCCCAGUUAGGGUGUCUGUAGCCACUAUCAGCCCUAUCCCAAGUAGCUGGCACCCUGCAACUGGAAAUAAACAUCCCAUAUGUGACCUAG